GCUUUGGAAAUCGUUACUUUUUAUGUUUUGUAGACAAUCAACCCCAUGAACCCUUCAGCUUCAAUGAUUCUGGACAGCAUUCAAGAAAUCAAACUUGACCAAUUCAGCAAUGACACCCUAAAUGAUCCUUUGACUCUUCAACUGUGGUUCAAUAUUCGACUUCGUCCGUUCUUGUCUGCUGUUUCCAAUGAUUUCCUCUCGUGUUUGUCAACAAAAGAUUUGCAGUGCAGCUCCUACCAGUAUAUAGUGCAGAUUUUAAGUCAAGUUCAGCCACAGAUGGCUCUUCCAAGGCAAAUCUCUGUGAACACAAACUUCAUCAAGAUUUACCUGAAAAGGAACAACACUGCAGAUCCUGGCUGCAUCUUAAACAUCAACAGCAGCUCAGAGUGGCUCCAGAACAACGUGGGAGGAUUUUCCGUCUUGUUGUCUAUUCAAGACAUUCAAGAGCUCUACCCACAAUUCUCAGCGAUGGAAGCCCUGUCAUUUCUGUCUAUCAGACAGCUCUCAGAGGUUUUUGUCACAAAUGGCCAGAUCACAACUAUCGAUCAGGUUACCAUGGUGAUGAGUUAUGUUCCUGAUCAACAACUUGGCUCCUUCUUUGAUAAUUUCUCACCGGCCAUCUUGGGUCGUGAAAACAUUCUUCCCUCUACUGUGAGGUCAGCCAUGUUGCAGGUUGUGUUUGAUCGUGCAAACCUCUCCAGUCCAUCAGUCAGUGAUGCAGUCGUGUCACUGUGGCUCCAAGUUCGACUCCGCCCCCUGCUGGUGAAUUUGGCACCUUACCAUGUGACCCCAUACUUUAAUAUACUGGCAGGAAGAAACUGCAGUGUUGAGCAGCGGGGUGUAAAUCUUCUCAAUCUUACCAUCUCAUCUCUGAGCAAUGACACCCAGACAGAAGUUCAAAGUCGUAUCAUCCAGGCUCUUCAAGUAGGUCCAUCACCUCUCCGUUGCUAUGGAGACACAAACUACAGCUACAGCUUCUACAGUUUCCUGAGGAGCUCAUUCUUGGGAUUCCAGUUCCCCAACCUGACCACCUUCUUGUCCCUCAUGCCUCCAGACAGAAAGCAACAGCUGAUAAACUCCAUGCCUCCAUCAGAUCUUGGGGAUUUCUUGCGUCACACCAAUGUUGUUGGACAGGAAUCACAGCUUUGUCAACUUUACAGCAGCUACCUCCAGAUACCAGUGUUUCUAGAAACUGAGUCUCUGCCAGAGCAGGUGAGACAGAGAACUCUGCCUUGCGUCUGGCCCAUUGCUCUCAGGAGCUCCAGCAGGUCAGAGGUCAACGCCUGGUUUGAUCGAGGUCUCCCCAACUACUUGGUCUUCCUCACAAAGACUCAGAUCAACCAAAUCACCUCAAUCAACGCCUCAUGUUUGGCCUUCCAGAAGAUGUAUGUUUGUUUUUUACAAAUCCAUUCUCCUGUUGACUGCACGGUGGCACAGUGGUUAGCACUCUUGCCUCACACCAAGAAGGACCUUGGUUCGAGUCCUGGCUGUGAGACCUGA